CUCACAGCCUAAACACAGUAUCAUCAUCAUCUGAACGAGCUCUAAAGGAUUCUUUCCUUUAUCCGAGCAAAUUCACGCGCCACUCUUCUAACACUAUCCUCGAUGUAUAGCUCGAUGACAAGUCCAGUGGCUGGAGCCUUCGUGCAACUUCACAAUUAUUUACCGUUAAGUUUACGUUCGAGGCAGCCACCGGGAGGAGUAUGUUUAGUCUUGUGGCCGCCUUCGCCGUCUCGCAGGACUCCACGUCUCGUCUGUAUGGCUGAACCAUACAUGAUUACGAAAAUGGAGUCUGUUGAGAAGACAUGGAAAGAGUUAUCUGUGAAACUAGCUGACCCAGAUGUUGUUUCUAAUCCUUCUGAAUACCAGAAACUAGCACAGUCCAUGUCCGAGCUUGACGAGGUUGUGUCCGUUUUCAGGAGAUUCAAGGACUGUGCGAAGCAGUUACAAGAAUCCAAAGUUUUGGCCAAAGAGGCUGGAGACGAUGAAGAUAUGGCUGAAAUGAUAGGAUCUGAAAUUAACUCCCUCUCUAAAGAAAUCGAGGAGCUUGAAAAACAACUUAAGAUGUUACUUCUUCCCACCAAUCCUCUUGAUGCCAGAAACAUAUUGCUCGAAGUCAGAGCAGGAACUGGUGGAGAUGAAGCUGCUAUUUGGACUGGUGACCUUGUUCGAAUGUAUCAGAGGUUCAGCGAACGCAGCUCUUGGAAGUUUUCUCUUGUUUCAUGCUCUGAGGCUGAACAUGGAGGUUACAAGACGUGUGUGAUGGAGAUUAAAGGAAACCGUGUCUAUAGCAAGCUCAAGUACGAAUCUGGUGUUCAUCGAGUCCAGCGUGUCCCUCAAACAGAGACGCAGGGCCGUGUACACACUUCUACAGCAACUGUUGCCAUCAUGCCAGAGGCUGAUGAAGUAGAAGUUGUGGUUGACCCCAAGGACAUUGAACUUACAACUGCAAGAUCUGGUGGCGCUGGAGGGCAAAAUGUGAACAAGGUGGAGACAGCUAUAGAUCUAGUCCAUAAACCAUCAGGUAUACGCAUUUUCUGUACAGAAGAAAGGACUCAGCUACGGAACAAGGCUCGUGCUUUCCAGCUUCUUCGAGCAAAACUGUAUGAAAUCAAAUUAAGGGAACAACAAGAGAAGAUAAGAGAUCAAAGAAAAUCUCAGGUUGGGACUGGAGCUCGUUCAGAAAAGAUAAGAACAUAUAAUUAUAAGGAUAGUAGAGUGACAGAUCAUAGGCUAAAGAUGAACUUUCCGCUUACAUCAUUUCUUGAAGGUGGCCUGGAGGAUGCAGUGCAGGCUUGUGCUGCUUUGGAACAAAAGGAACUCAUGGAAGAACUGUCCGAGUCUGUAGCUGCUUCUUGAAUAAAGCCUCAGAACUAUAAUAAUCAAAUGAAAAUCUUUGGACAGACAUCAUCAUAACAACACUAUAGAAAAACGCAUAAACUUGAACCUCGUUAUCUAUAAGUCAUAUAAAACACAAUCCUAAAACAUAA